CCAUCGGGAGCUGUUCUGUUUUUUUUUUGCGGAAAAGUUAAAAUAUUCUAAAGAGAUAUACAAAAAAAAUUACAUAAACCAUGGCAGACACAGAUUUAGCAGACCUGAGAAAACAAUGCAUUACAAGUUUGUAUUUAUGUACUGACAAUGUAUCAAAAUAUUUAGAUAGUGAAAAGGAAGCGGAAUUUGAUAAACUUAAGAAAUGUGUUCAACAAUAUUGUACUUUAGAAGCUCAGCAGGAUGUUACCAUCGAAGCAAUGGAGAAAGCUAAGCGUGAGACUGACACAUCUAACGUGGACACACUAGAGGAGAGAUUUCAAUCACAUUUAAGUACUUUAGUAGGCAAACGCUUGAGGGUUGACAAGCAUCCUUACAUGAUUGAGUUCACCAAGAGAUUUGAGAAGGGCCUGGAAGCUGCCAAACAUAACUUGGAUGAGUCUGAGUUAGCAAUAACAGAGUCACAGGAUCAGUAUUUGGAUCCAAUAACAAAGAGACCUAUAGCGGAUCCUGUGAAGAAUACAGUAUGUGGACAUGUCUAUGAAAGGGAAUCAAUCAUGAAUUUGAUUAAAACUAAAAGUAGAACCAAGUGUCCAGUUGCUGGCUGUGGCAAUAGAGCUCCAGUUGUGGCCAAUCAGUUAGUGUCAGAUGAAGAGCUUAUGUUCCGAAUGACUAUCACAAAGCACUCAACCAUGAUACAAGAGAGGACUAUCACAAACCUGGAUGAUACUACUGGAUAAUUAGCUAUUUAAAAUAUAAGUCUGAUAUGCAACAUAAAAUUAAUGUUAUAGGUAUAGUAUAGAUGAGCCAGUUUAGAUCUGGAAAUAAAACGAGUAGCCCAAGAUCAAUGAGUUUGUUGCAUUUAUAAAUUUUUAAAUGACGGCGCCUAUUUCUAGUUCUUUGUAAGUUGUAAAUGUGAUCACAUCAAUUCCUGGCAAGCAUGGCAAUUUCUGGAAAUGAACAAAUAUAUACCAUUUUUUGACCUGGAUUCUAUGCUUGGAGAAAUUACCGUCAUAAAAUGCUGUUAACUUGACUAGUUAUUUAUUUAGGUUCUUUUUUUCGCAUAUUAUGAUUGUUUUUUUUUGCAAGACACUGAUCUAUACAUUAAGAUGAAAAAACCUAAUAUUUGUGUA